AUGGCGAAGACAGCGGGGCUGAAGACGAUUGCCGAUGAAGAAAAAGAGGAGAUGUUCGGUUAUGUAUUCGCUGUAUCCGGGCCCGUCGUGACGGCGGAAAAGAUGUCCGGGUCGGCUAUGUACGAGUUGGUGCGUGUGGGGUACAAUGAACUGGUAGGCGAAAUCAUCCGUCUAGAGGGUGACAUGGCCACCAUCCAGGUAUACGAAGAAACAUCAGGCGUAACAGUCGGAGAUCCCGUACUUCGUACGGGCAAGCCACUUUCCGUCGAACUGGGCCCUGGGAUCCUCGGCUCCAUUUUUGACGGUAUUCAGCGUCCGCUUAAGGAUAUCAACGAGCUGACGCAGUCCAUUUACAUCCCUAAGGGUGUGAAUGUGCCCUGCCUUGCCAGAGAAGUCAGUUGGGAGUUCAUGCCCCAGAAUGUUAAGUUGGGAUCACACAUCACUGGCGGAGACCUGUACGGUAUUGUACACGAGAAUACUUUGGUGAAGCAUCGCAUGAUUAUGCCGCCGCGCGGGAAGGGUACUGUCACUUACAUCGCGCCUGCCGGGAACUACAAAGUCACCGACAAAGUGCUGGAGACAGAGUUUGAUGGUGAGAAGACUUCAUACACCAUGUUGCAAGUGUGGCCUGUGCGCCAACCGCGCCCUGUCACCGAGAAGCUGCCCGCUAACCACCCUUUGCUUACUGGACAGCGUGUGUUGGAUUCACUUUUCCCAUGCGUCCAGGGUGGUACCACGGCUAUCCCCGGCGCCUUUGGUUGCGGCAAGACUGUCAUCUCGCAGGCCCUGUCUAAGUACUCCAACUCUGACGUCAUCGUCUACGUCGGUUGUGGAGAGCGUGGUAACGAGAUGUCUGAAGUACUGCGUGACUUCCCUGAGCUGACGGUGGAGAUCGAAGGCGUGACGGAGUCCAUCAUGAAGCGAACAGCCCUCGUCGCCAACACCUCCAACAUGCCUGUCGCCGCCCGAGAGGCCUCUAUUUAUACCGGUAUCACCAUAUCCGAGUACUUCCGAGACAUGGGCUACAACGUGUCCAUGAUGGCUGACUCGACGUCGCGUUGGGCCGAGGCCUUGCGUGAGAUUUCGGGUCGUCUGGCUGAAAUGCCUGCCGAUUCGGGCUACCCGGCCUACUUGGGUGCUCGCCUGGCCUCCUUCUACGAGCGCGCCGGCCGCGUCAAGUGCCUGGGAAAUCCUGACAGGGAAGGAUCCGUGUCCAUCGUCGGAGCCGUGUCACCUCCCGGUGGUGACUUCUCCGAUCCCGUAACUGCCGCUACCCUGGGUAUCGUCCAGGUGUUCUGGGGUCUCGAUAAGAAAUUGGCCCAGAGAAAGCACUUCCCCUCCAUCAACUGGCUCAUCUCCUACAGUAAAUACAUGCGCGCUCUGGACGACUUUUAUGACAAGAACUACGCCGAUUUCGUGCCGCUUAGAACUAAGGUGAAGGAGAUCAUGCAGGAAGAAGAGGACCUGUCCGAAAUCGUGCAGCUGGUAGGCAAAGCGUCCUUGGCCGAGACCGACAAGAUCACGCUCGAGGUUGCUAAGCUUCUCAAGGACGACUUCUUGCAGCAGAACAGUUACUCGGCGUACGACCGUUUCUGCCCAUUCUACAAGACUGUGGGUAUGCUCAAGAACAUCAUCGCGUUCUACGACAUGGCGCGACACGCGGUUGAGUCCACGGCGCAGUCCGACAACAAGGUGACGUGGAACGUCAUUCGCGACGCCAUGGGCAACGUGCUUUACCAGCUUUCCUCCAUGAAGUUCAAGGACCCAGUGAAAGAAGGCGAGGCUAAGAUCAAGGCGGACUUCGACCAAAUACUAGAGGACAUGUCGGCUGCCUUCCGUAACCUGGAGGACUAAACUAGCUCCCCACCAUAGCGCACACCGCGAUUGUUACAAUUUUAGACAUAAUUUUACGUGUUAAAUCUAUGUAGAAAGUGCAUAGGAUAUAUUAUUCGUAUUUCAAUCAAUAUCGUGAUUCCAAGCUAUUGUUGAAUUUCAAAUAUGCGGCGUUGGGCGUCCCUUGUACAUACUCCACCUGUCUAUGUGGCCCAGCGGCGCCGUUACUUAGUUGUUAUUUAUAUUAAUAAUUAAAAGAAUAUACUAUUUAUAUACAUCAAACAAUUUAUUUGCCCAUUGAUAUUUUUUUUGCGUGAUUUUAUGAUCAAAAAUGGAACCCUCUUUGCAUUCCACGUUAUUUUUUAGAGUAUUAGAGUGUUCAAUGAAUCAGAGUUUUUUAAUUAUUGCUUUUUAUUGAAGUUUUAACCUUUUGUUGCCCCUUGGUGGCAUUUCAUGAUAUUUGUGAUUUCAGUAUUAAUUUCGUUGCACUUGAAUCGCUCGCCUAAAAGUAGUAAUAAUAAUAAGUGUUCGGUAAUGCUAAGGCGUGUACAAAUAACUAUGUUAUUCGCAACAUUCUCGCUGUUCGAGCCGUGAACCUUAAAUGUUAAAGACGAGAGUUAUAAACAAUAAAAGAUGUAAACU